CCAGCCUCCAUCAAACCAUCUCCAGCCUCCAUCAAACCAUCUCCAGCCUCCAUCAAACCAUCUAAAGCCUCCAUCAAACCAUCUAAAGCCUCCAUCAAACCAUCUAAAGCUUCCAUCAAACCCUCUCCAGCCUCAUCCAGAACACUAAGCUCUCCUCGGAAGUCAUGGCUCUCCCUGGCUCAGCCGGAGAGAUGCCGCGCCACUUCCCCCGUCUCAACAUCUCUGAGGUGGAUGAGCAGGUCCGACUCCUGGCAGAGAAGGUUUUUGCUAAAGUUCUCCGGGAAGAAGACAGUAAAGAUGCCUUCUCGCUCUUCACCGUCCCCGAAGAUUGUCCUAUUGGGCAGAAGGAAGCCAAAGAACGGGAGCUCGAGAAGGACCUGGCGGAGCAGAAAUCGGCGGAGACCGUGAAAAGAAAGAAAAGUUUCAAGAUGAUCCGAUCCCAGUCGCUGUCGUUACAACUCCCACCCCAGGACUGGAAGCCGGCGUCCGCCACCCCGGUUCAGUCACCUUUAUCUCCCGUCCAGCCAGCCGUGCCCGUUCUUCGGGGCCCAGGGGCAGCCGUCCCGGUGCCAUACGAUGUUCCCGAGUUCCAGAGAGUGUCGAUUAGCGGAGAUUACUGCGCCGGGGUUACAGUUGAUGACUAUGAACAAGCUGCCAACGGCCUGGCCAAAGCUCUGCUGAUCCGAGAGAAGUAUUCGCGCUUGGCCUAUCACCGCUUCCCCAGAACGACGGCCCAGUACCUGUGCUCCAUGAACGACGAGAGCUGGAGGAUGGAGGACGAAGUCUAUCCAGAAUUCAAUCCUCCUCCCGGGGACAAAGAUCCCUACGACCUGGAAGGAGUCCCUCCAAACCUCCACUACGUCGUCAGGAUGCAGGGGGGGAUCCCGUACAUUUAUGACAAUAAAGCGACGGCCGAGAGCAACGAGCCGCGCGGUUUACCGUACCCCGACCUCGAGACCUACACCCUGGACCUCAGCCACAUCCUGGCGCUCAUCGCUGACGGCCCGACGAAGACCUACUGCCACCGACGGCUUAACUUCCUGGAAUCCAAGUUUAAUCUCCACGAGAUGCUGAACGAAAUGUCUGAGCUGAAGGAACUGAAGAGCGUCCCUCACCGGGACUUCUACAACGUGCGCAAGGUGGACACUCACAUUCACGCGGCGGCCUGCAUGAACCAGAAGCACCUGCUGCGAUUCAUUAAGCACACGUACCGCACGGAGCACGACAGGGUGGUGCUGGAGAAGGACGGGCAGAAGAUGACCCUGAAGGAGCUGUUUGAGAGUCUUCACAUGGACCCCCACGACCUGACCGUGGACUCUCUGGAUGUUCACGCCGGAAGGCAAACUUUUCAUCGAUUCGAUAAAUUUAAUGCCAAAUACAACCCCGUGGGAGCCAGCGAGCUCCGGGAUCUGUACCUGAAGACAGAAAACUACCUGGAAGGGGAAUAUUUCGCUCGUAUAAUCAAGGAGGUGGCGAGGGAACUGGAAGACAGUAAAUACCAGUACACCGAGCCGCGGCUCUCCAUCUACGGCCGCUCCGCCAGCGAGUGGAACGUGUUGGCCAAAUGGUUCAUCAAACACAAGGUGUAUUCGCCCAACAUGCGCUGGAUGAUCCAGGUCCCGCGGAUCUUCGACAUCUUCAGAUCGAAGAAGAUUCUUCCGGAUUUUGGCAAAAUGUUAGAAAAUAUUUUCCUCCCGUUAUUUGAGGCGACGAUUAACCCUUCAGAUCACAAGGAACUUUACCUUUUCCUGAACUAUGUGACCGGUUUCGACAGCGUCGACGAUGAAUCCAAACACAACGACCACAUGUUUUCCACCAAGAGCCCCACGCCUGACGAGUGGACGCAGGAGCAGAACCCGCCGUACAGCUACUAUCUGUAUUACAUGUACGCCAACAUCAUGCUUCUCAACAAUCUACGCAGGGAGAGGGGUAUGAGCACCUUCCUGUUCAGACCUCACUGCGGAGAAGCCGGAUCCAUCACCCACCUCGUAUCCGCCUUCAUCACCGCCGACAACAUUUCCCACGGAUUAAACCUGAAAAAGAGUCCGGUUCUCCAGUACCUGUACUACCUCGCGCAGAUUCCCAUCGCCAUGUCUCCGCUCAGCAACAACAGUCUGUUCCUGGAAUACUCCAAGAACCCCCUGCGGGAAUUUCUGCACAAGGGGCUCGUAGUCUCCCUCUCGACGGACGACCCCAUGCAGUUCCACUACACCAAGGAGGCGCUGAUGGAGGAAUACGCCAUCGCAGCCCAGGUGUGGAAGCUCAGUACCUGCGACCUGUGUGAACUUGCGCGAAACAGCGUCCUGCAGAGCGGCCUGUCAGCCAAGGAAAAGAAACAUUUCCUGGGUGAGAAUUACAUCAAGGAGGGACCCGAGGGGAACGACAUCAGCCGGACGAACGUAGCCCAGAUCCGAAUGGCUUACAGAUACGAAACCUUAUGUAACGAGCUGAGCUUCCUGGCCGACGCCAUGAAUUCGGAGCACAUCGACGACGCGCAUGCACAAUGACGAGCCGUAUCUGCCACAUCUAACCCCCUGCCGGUUACACUCCGCCGUAUCUCACCAUGUGUCUGACGCACUCUCGGUCACCGAACCUGUAUAUCCGCGUAAUAUUUAUUCUGUUUCACGUGCUACAUGCGCCGCCGUCAGCCCAGACUGUGAAUCGGAUUCUGAUCUCGUGAUCGGGGUUCCCGCUUCUCCAAACGAGACAGAGAAGGCGGAAGAGAAUCGCGAACGCUGCGGCUCUUAUUAGAACAAUCGAUUGUAUGCUUUGUGCUAUUAUGUGGCCCCAACGGUGACAGAUAAUGAAUAGGCACCCGGGGGCCACGAGAGAGACGCCGAUUUAGGAAACAUUCUCUCUCGAUCCAUACAUUUAUCUGCACGUCGUAUAAUAAACACGUCACAUUCUUACUACCGGCCGGCAUAAAACGACGAUUAUUUAAAACGUGGGUCACCCGGGGGUUAAUUUAACUGUAAAAUAUCAUGGGCCCUGCAACCUGUAUAUCAUAUAUCCAGCGAAACCCCCGACCGCGA